AUGAACUACAAUUCCCAGCAUACCCGUCGCGUAAUGAUGACGCACGUAUAGAGAAUUUUCACGAAGGUUGCAAAACAAUUGCGUCAGGAACUUGCGCACUUGUUUCUGGAAAGGUGAAAGACGACCGUUUCUCUCUUGACUGAUACAGGAUAAUAUACUGCAAACAUGUUGGUGGCGAGGCUGACGUGCCUGAGGAGUCUUCCUCUCGCCGGGCUGCGACCUGUGCUGUCGCAGGGCUCCUCAGCCCUGAGAACACCCGCCCUGAAGGCCUGUCCACCGCUGCUCAGGCCCCAGCAGGGUUUCUCCUCUAAGGCCAGAUUUGGUUUCCGCCGUGGGAGGACAACAAAAGACCAGCUCAAAGAAGCAGCUUUUGAGCCAGCAACAGACACCGCCAUUAAAAUUGACAGCAUGGGCAGAAUGAUUCUGGCUGGAGGUGCAGCAGUCGGGCUUGGAGCGCUCUGCUACUACGGAUUUGGCAUGUCCAAUGAAAUCGGUGCCAUUGAGAAAUCAGUGAUCUGGCCUCAGUAUGUGAAGGACAGGAUCCACUCCACCUACAUGUACUUUGCAGGCAGUGUCGGACUGACGGCUCUGUCAGCUGUAGCUGUGAGCAGGACCCCGGCACUUAUGGGUCUGAUGAUGAGAGGAUCCUGGCUGGCUAUUGGAGCAACUUUUGCGGCUAUGAUUGGUGCCGGCAUGCUGGUCAGGUCCAUUUCAUAUGAGCACAGCCCGGUGCCCAAACACCUCGCUUGGAUGUUCCAUGCAGGUGUGAUGGGUGCUGUAAUUGCUCCCCUCACCCUCCUGGGAGGGCCUCUGAUGAUAAGGGCCGCCUGGUACACAGCAGGCAUCGUGGGAGGUCUGUCCACUGUGGCCAUGUGUGCCCCAAGUGAGAAGUUCCUCAACAUGGGUGGGCCACUGGCAGUCGGCUUUGGAGUUGUCUUCGCUUCCUCUAUUGGAUCAAUGUUCCUGCCACCAACCUCGGCGUUCGGUGCAGGCCUGUACUCAGUGGCCAUCUAUGGAGGCCUGGUCCUGUUCAGCAUGUUCCUCCUGUACGACACGCAGAAGGUCAUCAAGAGAGCAGAGACACACCCACUCUAUGCUGCACAGAAAUACGACCCCAUCAACUCGUGUAUGGGGAUUUACAUGGACACACUGAACAUCUUCAUGAGACUGGUGAUGAUUCUGGCUGGCGGCGGCGGCGGCAGAAGGAAGUAAACAGACGUAUUUUGGCUUCAGCUGUCUCGUUUUCCCCUCCACAGAGCUUCAACAAAAUCGUGUUUUACUACUAGCAGCAUACACCAGGUGUUAUCGCUUAGUCUCAUCUAACUGGUAAAUAAACAUGAAGGCUUUGUAAGUGUUCAAAGACGAGGAUCGCACAGACAAAUUGAGAGCUCUUACGUUGAUGGUGGAAGUAUAUUGUUAAUCCUGGGGGUUACAGACAGGUCACAUCCGACUGUCUGCAUUGUUUCGCCUGCCUCAGAUGUCCUUCGUAUUCUCUAUGUUUUAUAUUUAUUUUCACUUGGUGGGGUUUCUGUUUAUGAUGAGAAUGAGAGUUAAAGAAUAUCAUUUAUAUGGAACGGAAAAGCCACACCAUAGACUGAUCAAUAAAUGACUGUGCUGUAUACACAUGCUCCACUAUACAAACAGAUAUUGCACUUCUGUGAUGGGAUAAAGAGGAUGGAAAUAGUUCAUAUAUUUCUGGAAAAAUACUCAGUAAUUUCAACAAUAAAAGUCACUUGUUAAACAAA